AUGUCUGACAAAGAGAGCUUAGAUAUCACGAAGCUAGAAGGUACGAACAACUAUAUGCAAUGGAAGUUCGAAGUGGAGAUCGCGCUUGAAGGCAAAGAUCUAUUCAGCCUCGUGGACGGGACGGAGAAAAAGCCAGGAGAAGAUAAGCCAGCUGAACUCAAGGUUUACAAUAAAUUAUCAUCACGCGCCAAAAUGAUAAUUUUAUGUUCAAUUAAGCAAGAUCUACGAUGCCAUCUAAUCAACUGUAAGUCUGCAAGGGAAAUGUGGGAUAAGUUGAGUGAACUCUAUGGUGAUACGAGUGCUGACGCGAAACAAGCUGCAUGGAAGCAGUUUUAUGCUUUUCACAUCACCGAGGACGAGACAGUGAGAGUGCAAUUAGAACGAUUCGAAAGCAUUUUAAAGAAAUUAGAAGAUGUCGAUAGAAAGCCUUCCGAUGAGGCAAUAGUAUCAAAAUUACUUACUAGUUUGCCAGAAAAGUUUGAACUUUUCACGAUAGCCUGGGAAUGCACUCCCAAAGAUGAUCGAACACAGAAGACGCUCAUAGCAAGAUUGAUCAAGGAAGACAAUCGGCUUUCGGAGAAAGAAGUGACAACGCUUGCGCUUCGCGUGAAAAAAGCUUCUCUGAGUGACGCGAAAAACGACGCGAAAAACGACGCGAGAAGUGAUUCGAAGAAAAAGAAACGCUCCAAAAAGGACAUUGAAGAGCUGAAAAAGAAAACGCGCUGCGGAGUGUGCAAAGAAAAAGGUCAUUGGGCUCGCGAGUGUCCACAGAAAAAUUCAGGGAAAAGUGAAAGUAGUGGGAAAACAAUAAACUCAACGACCGCGCUCGUGUGUGACAUUACUUCUUCAUAUAAGUGUGUAAGUGACAGUGGCCAUAAAGACUAUUUUAUUGCCGAUACGGGUGCUGGGAGGCACAUGACUUUUCGAAGAGAUUUCUUUUCUGAAUUUCGCCCGAACCCAGGGGGAAGUGUAGUAAAAGUGGCUGAUGAUCGCUGCAUUGACGCGCCCGGUAUAGGAACAAUUAUAAUCCAAGAAAAGCUUGAUGAAGUUUUAUAUGAGCGUGAAAUAAAAGAUGUGCUUUACGUGCCUGAUCUUGGCUGCAAUCUACUCUCUGUAGGAUCAGUGAAUAGAAAAGGCUUCAAGUUUUUCUCUGACGAAAGUGGAUGUGAAAUUCGUGAUAAGCAAGAGAAUGUCAUCGCGCGGGGAGUUCCAGAUGGAAAUAUUUUUCGCAUGCUGUUCAAGGUAAAAGUGUCCACGGAAUGUAAUGCUGUGCGAGCAGAUGGGCAAGACCCGAAGGCCGCAUCCAAGCAGCACAUCUAA